AUGGAUUGCAAAUACCAGGCAUUGACUCCGGUCAUGGAAAAGGCCCGCGGCGAGUCUUUCGAUUCCUGCUCGACGCUGGGUGACUUGGAGGAUUUACAAAUUCCAUUAUCUUCAGGAUCGGGUGUUUGCCGUGUCCAGAGAUUGAGCAAAGCACGCCAGUUCGUCGCCUCGAAUUGGCUAUGGAUGGUCCAUAUGAUCCUUCUUCUCGCGUCUUGCACUUUAUUCGCCCUUUCCGUCACAAUUCGAUCAUCAACGUUAAAACAUGUGCGAGAGUUUUCUGCUUGGUCCCCUGCGGAUACAGCGGUUGAGUUCAAGCCGAUCAAGUAUAAUGUCACGACAAGUGGAAAUAGAUUCGUCGGCGCCGGGCCUGAGGUGGAUGAAGCCUGGCGGGAGAUAUCCUACGAUGUUGGAGACCAAUGGAUCUCAAAGUCCGACAUCAAGCACCUCGGGAUGCCUGAAUCGUCACUGCAAGUUAACCACCCAGAGACGGGCGAGGAAGGUUAUCGAGUUGGCAUGGAAGUAUUUCAUCAGCUCCACUGCAUCAACCUGCUCCGUCGAGUGACAUACAAGGAGUAUUACGAGCCGCUGGGUGGAGAAUUUGGAAAGGGGCCUGAGGAGUUGCAAAGACAUACCGAUCAUUGCAUCGAGGUCCUCCGAUUAAACAUACAAUGCAACGCAGAUAUAGGGCUCUUUACGUUUUACAUGAUUGAAGGCGACCCGUUGGCCUGGCCAGAGCUCAACUCGAAGCACGUCUGCCGGAAUUUUGACAAGGUCCGCCAGUGGGCGGUCGACCAUUCAGUCGGCAAUAUGGAGGUUCUUGCGUGA